UCAGUAGCACUCGCAGCGCCGCGCGCCUCACUCGCUACACAUGCGCAAGCGCACCGUCCUCCCUCAGUGAAAGUUGCGCGCAUGUUCUACGUUUUCGUGUGCCAACAUCUUCGUCUAGUUAUUGUUUGUUGGUUGCGCCAGUGCAGCGGGGAAAGGAGGUCGAAACUUGUCCGCAACUCGUAAGAACACCGUGUUUUGCGAUCCCGUGGUAAAAUACUGCAGUUUUAUAUGGAACGUUAUCUUGAAAAUGGUGGAGUAGUAACAGACAUGCAGUUUAAAUAAAACUGUGUUUGAAAGCUUUUGGAGUGCACUAAUAUCGAGCAUGAUGAGUGGAAGUGAGCCCACGCUGACAGAGCCGCCGGUACCGCUGGCGCUGGCUCGGCUGCAGGGCCGGCCGGCGGGGCGCGCGCCGCGCGGGCUUCGCUCGCACCGCCCCAGCCUGCCGCUUGCCAGCCUGCAGGAAUCCAUCGACGAGACUCCGCGGCGCUUUAGCGACGAACCAUUCACGCCUGAUACAGAUGACGACGAAGCAUUUUCCGAUAUGAUACUCGCUGACCCGCCGAGAACGGCGGCUAACGGUCGGCGAGCUUCUGACGCAGCUUUCGCUGAACGAUAUAGACAGCUGAGCGAUUUUGACGGCCCUCCGCCUGAUCCCCCCCGACGCGCUUCAUUGUCAGUGUCCGUGGGGGCAGAGGGGUUUAGUGACAAAGGUCGCCGUCGGUCUUGGGCGGCACGCCUGCAACUGGAGCGUAAGAAGAGACGAAAAUCAGGAGGAGGGAACGAUACUGACGAGGAAAGUGACACACCUGUAUACAUAAGGCAAAAAAGGCCAUCUUGGUGGAAUGUAUUCGUGCCUGAUAAUAUCAAAAACAGGUCUAGGCGGGCGUCGCAGCAGCUGUCGCGGAGCGCCGAGAGUAUUGACCAGUCCUUCAAAAGGUCAAAAAGUCGGUCAGUGGAUCAUGGGUUCGCGGCCGCGUUCGAGCUGGACUCUCUGCGCUCCAAGGUGGAGGACAGGUUCAACGCUGUCCACAGAGAUGAGGAUGAACACGCCAAACGAUUGCCACCUCCGCCGCCGAUUAAUACCAUUACUUACACGGUCCGGGACCGUGACACGUUGACGUCGCUGGCGGCCCGCUUCGACACCACACCCUCCGAGCUGACCAAGCUGAACAGGCUCGCCACACAGUUCAUCUUCCCCGGACAGCGGCUGUUGGUACCAGACAAGAAGAAAGGUGGCGAUAAGGACUCCGAUGGUCCCUCGGAGAGCGGGGACAACACGUCUGAGUCAACAGUGGGCCCGCCGAGCGAACCUGCACAAGAAAAAGAGAUCCUGGACAGCCUGCGGCCCGUGUCGCCGGAGGCGCCGACCAGCAGCAGCGCCCCGCAGCGCUUCCUCAAGAUCAACGUGCGCCACAUCACAGAUGGACAGGGCGUGGUGUCGGGCGUGCUGCUGGUGACGCCUAACGCGGUGAUGUUCGACCCGAACGUGUCGGACACGCUGGUGAUGGAGCACGGGCCCGAGUCGUACGGCGUCAUCGCGCCCAUGGAGUACGUCGUCAACGCUGCCAUCUUCUAUGACAUCGCGCACAUGCGCACGCACGGACCUGACCAAAACACAAACAAGGCAGAGACAGCUGAAAUAUACUACAUGAAUAAAUCCGAACAUUCGCCAGGAAAGGAUUCCCUGCUAGUCAAGGACGAGACUUUCCCAGAGCUCCAAGCGGCCAACGGCGAGGGCGAGGGCGGCGCUAGCGACGAGCGGCCCGGCUCCGGCGACCCCGAGGACCGCGGCGGCGCCGCCUUCCCCAAGGCCUUCGAGCGCGAGCUCGUCACGCCCACCGCGCUCCAGCAACAAUCGACUGAAGAGAGGCGGAAGUCCCUUCUGGAUCAUCACUGGGCUAUCCCAAGCAAAGACAGGAUGUCUAUCGAUCAAGGAAGCGAGAGCGACGAUGUGUUUCAGGUAUCAUCAAGCACUGACCACAAGGAAGACGGGGCCGAGGGCGCCGAGGGAGGCGCAAGCGUCGAGGCCGCCGAGCCCGGGUCCGGCACCGAGGCCGACGAGGCGGGCGACGAGGCCGGCCCACAGCCCGCCGACGCACUGCACCUCGUCAAGCUGUCCUACCACGACUCGGGCAUCGACAUCCGCGACCCGCUGCUGCAUGUCACGCCCGCCAAGUCUAAGAAGGUGUACAGCGACGCCGACAUAGUGCUGUCGGCGGAUUGGGUCCCGCCGGUGUGCUUGCCGCGCGGCGAGCCGCCGCUGUCGGCGCCGCCGCUCGGCGAGGCGGAGCGCGCGCCGCGCAAGCCCGCCGCCGUCUCCUUCUCGCUAGACGGCAACAACCAGAAGGAGGACGCGAACAAGCCUGACAAGAAGAACAAGAUGCUGAAGCGGCUCUCGUACCCGCUGUCGUGGGUGGAGGGGCUGACGGGCGAGGGCGGCUCGCCGGCCGCCGGCGAGGCGCUGCCCGCCUCCGACACGCACAACACCAGCGUCUUCUCCAAAGUAUUCAACAGCUCGCCAAUGAACCUAGUGGAGUUCGGUACUGGUUUGUUCCUGAGUAAAACCCCCUCCGAAGAGGCACCGCACGACGCGCUCGCCGCCCCGGGACGGAGCUCGCUGGGCGGGUUCGGGCGCGCGACGCCGAAGCCGACGGCCGGCGCGCACCCGCGCCUCGACUACCGCAGCAUGGUCUCAGUCGACGACAUGCCCGACCUCUUCGCUUCUUUUGACAAGCUUAUCCCGCGGCCUGCGCGGCCCAGCGACGACCCGCCGCUGUACCUGCGGCUCCGCAUGGGCAAGCCGGCGGGCCGCCCGCUGCCGCGCACCACGCCGCUCAUGUCCUACGGCCGCAAGCGCAUGAAGCCCGAAUACUGGUUCGGCGUGCCCAGAAACAGGGUGGACGACUUGUUCAAGUUCCUGACACACUGGGUGCCGGACCGGUACGGGCCCCUGGGCGACGUGACCGCGCAGGGCUUUGAGCUCAUCGACUCGGACACCGAGUGGGACGAUGACGACCACAAACCGCACAAGGGCGAGCGCACCGGCAGCUCGGGCGACGUGUCGGACAUCACUCGCGAGUCCUGGGAGCUGCUGAAGGCGCCGUACGUGAAAAUAUAUUCGAUAAUGAAGAGCCAGGCGGAGGCGCUGGGCGACUCGCUCGGCGAGGAGCCGCGGCCCGAGGUGCUGUCGAUGAGCGAUGAGCUGCGCCGCGCGCUCUACUCGACGGGCUCCUCGCUCGACAUGGAGUUCUCGCCGCCAGACCUCAUCGGCACCUCCGAGAUCUUCACCAUGGAACACAGAGAGAAACUGUGCAGCGUACUGCCGGCGCGCGCUCAGGGCUACAUGUGGUCGCUGGCCUUCAGCACCAGCCAGCACGGCUUCUCGCUCGCCUCCAUGUACCGCAAAAUGCAGCGCGUCGACAGCCCCGUGCUGCUCGUCAUACAGGACACACAGAACAAUGUGUUCGGUGCGCUGACAUCGUGCGCGCUGCACCCGUCCGAGCACUUCUACGGCACGGGCGAGUCGCUGCUGUUCUCGUUCCAGCGCGUGGACGAGCGGCGCGCGUCCACGGAGGAGCCGCGCUCGCCGCCCGCGCCCGCCGCCGCCGCCCCCGCCAUCGCCCUCCCGCCCGACGUCGCCGUCGACGCCGAUGAAAAACACGAUCAAACGCCACCGGUGAAAACCAAAUUUAAGUAUUGGGGUUGGACAGGCGACAACAUGUAUUUUAUUCGUGGCAGCAACGACAACAUCUCCAUUGGCGCUGGCGACGGCAAGUUCGGUCUGUGGCUGGACGGAGACCUGUACCUGGGGCGCACGCAGCGCUGCACCACGUACGGGAACGAGCCGCUGACGACGCGCGAGGACUUCAUAGUAAAGAUCAUGGAGUGCUGGACCUUCAUCUGAGCGGCGCGCGCCGUCGCCGCCGCCGCCGCCGCCGCCUCCUUCGCCGCGCCCGAGCCUCCGUCGCCGUCACGCCGCUCCACCCUCAUACUUCACCACAUAAGCUUUAGACUAUCUUAUGAAAUUUGCUAUAAAGAUUUGACAUUUUUACAAGUCAGUCUUUUCGACUGUAGUACCGAUGAGUCUGAGAACGAUUUUGUACUCGCAUCGUGACUCGAUUGGCGUAGAAUGACAUCGAUAGGCCGCAACGAAGACAAUAUAUCGAAACUUCUAAGCGCAUUUCUAGUCAAAUGUACUAAAGUAAACCUGACCAAUGUUUUGAUUCUCUUCGAAUUUAGUGGCGUGUUCUGAUGGAGCGUCGACCCGGAGCCGGGCGCGGGCGACCUCUCGCGAGUAGAGCAAGUGCAUUAAUCCUAGUCAAUUGUCACUCGUAUCUAAGUUGACGGUUUGUAGAAGAUGGCAGAGCUGCUAGCGCGAGCAGAGCUCUGGGGUAGACGUCGAUAGUGCGCGUGCGGCGCGACCGAGUCCGCCGGCCGCGGCCGCACCGCCACCAGCCCAAUACUGAUUACGUGUCAAUUCAUACAAUUACUAUUGUGCAUUGUUAUUAAGAAAAUAUUAAAAACGUAUUUGUUACGAUAAAAUCAAUGUAUAAUGUUAUGUAGCAAGUUUAUAACUAAGGAACAGCCGUUUUAGUGAGGUGUUACGGGAAUUAUGAAAGGGCUUGCUGGUAGCAUACAGUGACGGUAUACAACUUAGAGUUGUCUGGACUCACGGACGAUUCCGGUAGCGUUUAUAUUGCUGAGCACAAGCUACUUCAAUUGGUAGCCGUUGCUCUCUGAUACAGGCACUGCCUAUUGCUGCCUGCACUGCCACAAGUGCAUUUGUGGCUACAACUUUGCAGUCCAUUGGAUAAUUCACUCUUAUCUUGAUUGAUCCAACUCACUCAGACCGAUUAAAUUCUCAGUGGAUCUGUACUGAAACAAUUUUGUUAUAAUAUAUAUAUACUUUUUUAUAUAUAACGUUGAGCACAGAAUGACCACUCCUGUGGUUAGCCCCUGCUCUUGAGCAUAAAUAUUUACUAGUUAUUUCUCAAAUAGACCACCUUCUCAGAAUAGAUAAACCUAGAACAACUACCGUAUAUAACUAAUAUUAUCACCAUCACUACAUUUCUAAAAAUAUGUUAUAAUUACUGCAUCAGUAGUUUUUAGUGAGUGUCAGUCUGGAAACAGUCCGUUAAGUGGUGGAUCUAACGGCUUCGUUAAUCAACAGCCAUUUAUUUUAUCUGAACCUGUCGGUCGGUGUACUGCACAUUCUCAAUUCUUCUAUCCAUAAGUGUGUUAUCUGGGACUAGUCCUGACGUGAAAAAUUAAUAUUUUAACCACCAUAUAAUUUUUCAUCGAGCGUGCUCGUGUCGCCGGCGAUACGAAAUUACACGAAGUUUUGUCUUAUUUAUUAGACUGCGGCGAAAUUUUGUAUGUCUUAUAUAUAUCAGUCUAAGGCGGUUAAAAAAAUACCUGUACAGUGUUGCAGUGAAAUUUCAUUGUAAUACAUGCCUAUUAGUUGGGACGUGACGUUCCUGCACACUCGAGCUUCCCGAGAGAGAAGAUUUAUUCCCGGUAGGGGAGUCUAAUACCUCUAAACGAGCAAUUCUUGUGUAUAUAUAUUUAUAUAUUUCGGGGAUCUCAGAAACGGCUCUAACGAUUUCGAUGAAAUUUGCUAUAUGGGGGUUUUCGGGGGCGAAAAAUCAAUCUAGCUAAUAGGUCUUAUCUCUGGGGAAACGCGCAUUUUGAGUUUUCAUAUGUUUUGGUCUCCCAGGUACUGUUCUAACUGAUGCUCGUACUCGUAGGAACGACAAGAAAGAAUCAAAUUCAUUAGUUGAAAUAUUCAACUAACUGUGAGGCCGGUAAAAAUUAAGAAUGUGCAGUUCAGUAUCAGUAUACCUCAAGAGUCUGGAACAAUAUAACAUAUCUGAAUGUCUAUUACAUAUGCCUUUAUAAGUAAUAACUGUAGCACCUUUCCCUUUUUUAUUAUUUUAACAAAGAUUUUCAUGUUCAUGGUUGUAUGUUUAAUUUUUCAUCAUUACGAGUCAUAAUAAUUAUUAUAUUAGUGAGCAUUACUGUUCUGUGAUUUUAUUACCUACUCUGGUUUGUUGUCACUGUACUAACGGUGAACAACUAAGUUUAUUUUAAAGAACAGUUCACAAGUUUGUUCCAUUCAUUAUAAUAUGUUGACUUAGGCUAGAAUUAAAAUUUGUUAUAAUAUCAGAGUGUAUACAAUUAUUUUUGUCAUAUAACGCUUCAGUACAGAAAUGAGUAGCUGAUAUUUAAUAUUAAAUUAGUAAAAAAAAUAGUUAUAUUAGAGGGCUUGAUGAAUAUAAUCGUCAUUGUGCUUAGUAAUCGUGUCACUUAGCAUGAUGUUACUCAGAUUUAUCUGGUCGUAGAGCAUUACUUUUGUGGAGUAAGUGCGCUCCGAGCGCCGCCGCGCCGGCGCCGACGCCGCGAGCCGCCCCUUACACUACUUGUACGCUUUUCAUGUAUAUUACAAACUAUUCCUUUUUGAGAUUAUUGGAGUUAUAUUAUGCGAGAAGCCACGCAAAAUAAUAUUAUUGUGAUUACCUAUGUAAUAGUAGUAAAUUUAUUAUGAAGGAAUAUUUUGAAGCAAUGUGCAGGCAUAAUGAAAUACUUUAGUCCAAUAUCAGCAAGCAAUAAUAUCGUCUAAAUGCAAUAUUGAAUAUACAUAUACCGGUUGCUGCACCUACGGCGCUGCGCUGCGCUGCCGCUGCCAUCCGCGUGCACCGUGCAGUCUUCAUAUACAGAGAGAGCACAUUGUUUUGAGGGUGUCUGCAUAAGUUAUUAUUGUUACAAAUUUAUAAAUAAUUAGAGUUGUUGAGUAGCUGUGACAAAUUUAAAUAUAUUUAUUUAUUCACAUUGAGUUUCACUAUAAGAUUAUUGUAGUUGCAUAAUUUUUGUGAUGAUUAUGUUAUUUAUAAGUUGUUAAAAUGUAAAGCAAAGCCAUAAUAAUUGAGAGUAUAUUAUUUUGAGAAAAA